AUGAGAGGCGGUACGUCGAAGGGCAUAUUCCUGAAGCGUGCAGACCUACCGAGCGACACCGCCCAGUGGGACCCCAUCUUCCUGGGCAUCAUGGGUUCGCCCGACCCUAAGUACGGGCGACAACUCAACGGCAUGGGCGGAGGCGUCUCGAGUCUCUCCAAGGUCUGCGUCGUCGGGCCGCCGUCGGAGGAGCAGCGCGCCGCGGGCAUCGACGUCGAGUACACCUUCGCCCAGGUGGGCAUCCGCGACGAGCUCGUCGACUACUCCGGCAACUGCGGGAACCUCUCGAGCGUGAUCGGCGUCUUCGCGCUCGACGAGGGCCUCUGCGUGCCGCGCGCCAUAGACACGUCCGCGCGCGUGCCGACCGCGACGGUGAGUGCGUGGAACACGAACACGCAGAAGCGCAUCGACGCGACGUUCCCCGUCUUCCUGGAGAGCGAGCGGCCGACCGCCCUGCUCGGCCUGGAGGAGGAGGCCAUCGCCGGAGUGUCCGGGAAGGCGUCCAGGAUCACGCUCGACUUCGUCUCGCCGAGUGGUGCGCGCACGGGCAAGCUGCUCCCUACGGGGCAGCCCGUGGACAUCGUGCAGUUCGCGUCUGAGGGCAACACAGCAGCCGUGCCCAUGUCCCUCGUGGACGCCACGAACCCGACCGUCUUCAUCACUGCAGACGGCCUCCGUGCUGCGGUGCCGAAGGCCAAUACACUCGACUAUACGAGUGAACAUACGACCGUCCCUAUCCAGCUUGCAAUCGAGCAGCUCCGCCGCCUGGGUGCGGAACGCAUGGGACUCGACCCGCAAGCGGAGGCGCAGCCCAAGAUCGCCAUCCUCAGCGAACCCGCCGCGGACGACUCAGAGUCGGACAUCGUCGUGCACGCGUACUCCAUGGGCGUGUUGCACAAAGCGGUACCCAUGACGCUCGGACUGUGCCUUGGGGUCGCGGCGGGGGUGGAGGGCUCAAUUCCGUGGCAGAUCGCUCGCUCACGCGGCGCGAAAAUACCGACAACGGGCGACAGCAUGGUCAGGAUCAGACACCCCGGUGGCGUCGUCGUUGUCGGGGCUGCGAGGAAAGACGGCGAUGUGACGAGCGCAAAAGUGGUGCGGACUGGCAAGAGACUCAUGAAAGGCAUCGUCUGGUGGUAG